GUGACAGCAGAGUUGGAGCUGGGCAGCUGGGUGGUGGGCUGGGUAUUAAGGAAUGCAGCCAUCCCUGUGACAGCCAGCAGAGUAGAGCCUGGAUCUGAUAAACACUGCUUUUAGAUAACCUGUCCUGCUGAAAGGACUUUAGUCGUUGGAGCUGACAGACCGUCAGAAAGUGACAAGGGCUCAGCAGGCAGGCAGGCUGUGAAAGAAAGAAGGGAGCCAGCUUCCCACUGCCCAUCCAGACCAGCCAUGGAGCCUUGUGGGGCCCGUUUGCGUGUGCAAAGGAGAGAGGGGCUGGGUGGGAAGCAGAAGCAGGAGCAGGAGCAGCGACACCCUGGAGAAGGAAACACAGAGCCGCCCAGAGUCCCAGACUUGGUGCAAUGGACCCGACAUAUGGAGGCUGUGAAGAGGCAAUUGUUGGAGCAAGCCCGGGGACAGUUGGUAGAACUGCUGGAUCGGGCCAUGUGGGAGGCUGUACAGUCCUACCCAUCACAAGACAGAACUAUAUCCUCCACUCCCUCUGCUUCAACGAGCAAGACCAGGGAGCCACCCCUUGGGAAACGGAAAGUUUUCAUCAUCCGAAAGUCCCUGCUUGAUGAGCUGAUGGAAGUGCAGCAUUUCCGCACCAUCUACCAUAUGUUUGUGGCCGGCCUGUGUGUCUUCAUCAUCAGCACCCUGGCCAUUGACUUCAUUGAUGAGGGCAGGCUGGUACUACAGUUUGACCUACUGAUCUUCAGCUUCGGACAGCUGCCCCUAGCGCUGGUGACGUGGGUCCCCAUGUUCCUGUCCACUCUGUUAGUGCCUUACCAGGCUCUGCGGCUGUGGGCAAGGACCCAGACUGGGGGCUGCUGGGCCCUGGGAGUGCCUUUGAGCUCUGUGCUGCUGGCCGCCCAUGCUUCCGUGCUCUGCAUCCUCCCCAUCCAUGUGGUGGUAAAGCAUGAGCUGCAGCCAGCUUCCCGCUGUGUGCUGGUCUUUGAACAGGUCAGGUUCCUGAUGAAAAGCUACUCCUUCCUGAGAGAGACCAUCCCUGGGACCCUUCGUGUCAGAGGAGCCAGCUCACCGACCUCCAUGCCCACUCUCUGCCCACCCCUCCUGACACACCCCUGUCAUGCCUCCCCAGGUGAAGAGGUCUGGACCCCCAGUUUCUCCAGCUACCUCUACUUCCUCUUCUGCCCCACACUCAUCUACCGGGAGACUUAUCCCAGGACUUCCAGCAUCAGGUGGAAUUAUGUGGCCAAGAACUUUGCUCAGGCCCUGUGCUGUGUGCUUUACGCCUGCUUCAUCCUGGGUCGCCUCUGUGUCCCCAUCUUUGCAAACAUGAGCCAGGAGCCCUUCAGCACCCGUGCACUAGUGCUCUCCAUUCUGCACGCAACAUUGCCAGGCAUCUUCAUGCUGCUGCUCAUCUUCUUCGCCUUCCUGCACUGCUGGCUCAAUGCCUUCGCUGAGAUGCUGCAAUUUGGAGACAGGAUGUUCUACCGGGACUGGUGGAACUCAACCUCCUUCUCCAACUACUACCGCACAUGGAACAUAGUGGUCCAUGACUGGCUGUACAGCUACGUGUAUCAGGAUGGGUUGUGGCUCCUUGGUGGCAGGGCCCGAGGGGCAGCCAUGAUGGGUGUGUUCCUCAUCUCUGCGGUGGUGCACGAGUACAUCUUCUGCUUCGUCCUGGGGUUCUUCUACCCCGUCAUGCUGAUGCUCUUCCUUGUCUUUGGGGUGCUGCUGAACUUCACGAUGAAUGACCGCCACACGGGCCCUGCGUGGAAUGUGCUGAUGUGGACCAUGCUUUUCCUGGGCCAGGGCAUCCAGGUCAGCCUGUACUGCCAGGAGUGGUAUGCACGGCGGCACUGUCCUCUGCCCCAGGUAAGUGACGCAGUCCUCACCACGUCCCCAUCAAGAGCACCAAGCAGCCAGCCCCUGUUCUCUCCAGUUUAAAAUGAGGGUCAGCGUCAGGGCCUGGCUUGGGAAUUGGGCUCCCACAUCUUGGAUGUACAACAUGGGUCACCAGAAGCAAUCUCCUUCACAAUCUACCCUUCUCUGGCACAGACAACCUUCUGGGGGCUGGUGACACCUCGAUCUUGGUCCUGCCAUCCCUAGAGGUCAGGGUGGCUGCACUGACCUGAUGACAGCACCAAGAUCUUCUCUGCCUGCCAAGCCUGGGGCCGGAGCUCUGCUGGGCACCUCCAGAGCUGCCCUGAGUCCAGGGCCUGCAUGUAGGACCUGACCUGGAACCACAGGGGCUCUGAUCUGGGCACCUAUGGGCCACUGAGCAUGGAUCAGCAUGAAGAAACUCUCGAGCAGUCAUCUCCAUGGAUCAGGCGCAGGUCACCUUCCCACCUCAAGGUUGUGCAGACUUGGGGAAGACUUGAGGAAACCAUAAGGAUUUGGUGAGCACAGAGUGCUCAGAGGAAUGGGGGCCACCAAGGCUUGAGAAGGGUUUGGUUUUAACCUUGUACUCCUCUUAACACAAUAAAGUCUU